AUGCUUCUAUGUACUAUAUCAUGUAUUUUACUAUGGCCACUAUCAAUGAUUAUCAUAGGUAUUCGAUAUCGAAACGAAUGUCCAGGUCAACCUCAAUUAUCAAUUUAUCAUAUUACAUUUGGUUCGAUUUGGUUAUUUCUUUUUUUCUUAAAUAUAAUUCGUUGUUAUUUAUUUCAUCGAUCUAUUGAUUUUAUAUCAACAAUAAUUUGGUUAAUACUUUUAUUAUUAAUUAUUCCAGGUUAUAUUUUUAUAUUUAAUAUUCGAAAUAUUAUUCUAAUAUCUGAAACAUAUCCGUAUAAAAUAUGUGAAAAAACAUUUUAUGUUUAUUCAUCUAUAUUAAUUAUUCUUGUUCAUAUUCCAUUAUACAUAUAUUUAUGGAUUUCGUGGUCGUUUACUCAUUUAAAACAUUUUAUUCAAAAUCAGCAAACAUCAAUAAGAAUAUUCACAAUUACAAACAUUUAA